AUGAACUGCCAUCAAAUACUGAGUGGUGCCUGCAAUGCUGGCGACCGGUGCUUCGCCGUCGGCAGCGUGGAAGGCGUACCAUUCACCGCUUAUGCGGCUGGAUGCAAUAUUGUGAUACUGGCGAGUACAUUCGAACGGGUUCAAAUCAUCCCUGGUGCGAUACACAACUAUAUCCGCAUCAGUUGUUUGGACUGUUCAACAGACACUGGCAAGAUAGCGGCCGCCUACGACAACCAAAUAUGUGUCUUUGAGCCAACUCCGCUGGUUUGCAAAAAUUCACCCCAUCAAUUGGAUUAUAAAUGGGUAGAGACUGCUAGUUGGCGAACUGCUUGUCGUAUUAGCUGUUUGUCAUGGAAUUUGGAAGGCACUCGGUUGCUUACGGGGGGUACUGUUUUACAACUAUGGCAUCAACAAUUACCUGAUGAGCCCUUAGAAGAAAAUACUGGAAUGACAAGUGACGGAGUAACAUUUGAGAUUGGUGAAGAAGCAAUACCAAUGUCAUUAACAACAUCAUAUAACUGUGAAGUCCGUGGAUGGGAAUGUGUUUGGCAAAAAGAAACGGCCUCUCCAGUAGUGCACAUUGCUUUUUCACCAGAUGGAACAUUAUUUGCUACUGCUGGUAAAGAUGACAGACUAGUCAAAAUUUGGUUUGAAAAUAAACAAUUACUUUUUCCAUCAAAAAGUGUUGAUCAGAAUUACUCAAUGAGUGCUAUUUCUAAUUUUGGUGAGCCAAAUUACGGUUUUGUGUACAUAGCUCAUCCUCGAGCUGUAACUCAACUAUCAUGGAGAAAAACUAGCAAAUACAUGCCAAAGGGAUCAGUAUCAAAUAUGCUAGUAACAUCAUGUCGGGAUAAUAUUUGUCGAUUAUGGUCAGAAACUGUUUUACCAGAUGAUGGUUUGGUAAAUAUGAGCCAUUUUGAUCCAUUAGCUGCUCAUAAUCCACGAUUUCGAACUCAUAGACAUAAGCAUAGACUCCUUCAACGUCUCAAACAUAUGAAAGCUUGUUUUCAUAUACGAAGACAUGCUAAACAUCAAGGAGAUCUUGGAACUGGUAUAGCUGGAAGUACAAGUUCCACAAUACCAACAUUACCAUCUACAUUCAGUGUCCAUGAUUUUCAUAGUUAUGGUUUUCAUGGUACUGGAAUUAUUCCUGGACUUCAUUUCCAUUUAGCUGCAAGCAUAAAUGCCGAAACUGACAUUCCAUUAGUGCCUAGUUUAUCAAGCACUGACCCUGAAAGAGAACCAAAUUUUGUUCUUCAUUGGCUCAACAAUAAAGAAAUGCAUUUUUCACUCCAGGCAGAAGCCAUACUAAAUGAAUUAACCAAAAAAGUAGUUGAAAAAGACGAUAUGCUUAUAAAUGAACAAUUUAUAAUAUCAGAACAUCACGAUGUUGAGUAUAGUGAUUCUAAACGUAAACAGAAUAAGCUUGGUAAAAGUACAUCACAAGAUGAAAGUGUUAGUGAUGAACACAGUUGUCCAUCAACUCAUCCUACACUGAGCAAUACAACAUCUGUAAAUUCAUUUACUACUGAUACAAAUCAUAUAACAACUGAUUCUCUUGAUAAUAAAAUUGAAUGUCUACUUCGUGACUGGCACCAUAGUCCUGAUUUGUUAUUUGCUGUCCAUCCUAUUGAUGGAAGUUAUUUAAUUUGGGUAGUUGAUUGGUUGGAUGAAUACCAUCCUGGUUCAUUUAGACAAGCCCAAGUUUCUUUUUCUACUAGAAUACCCAAUGCUUUCCCUCUUGGAGAUGCUACCACAAUGUCUCAUAAUGUUUGUUUAUACCACACAUCUGGAUCAAGUUUACAGCUAGCUUUUAGAGAUGUAGUUAAAACUGCUGCUGCAGCACCAAGCAGAUCACCUAGUGAUGUCCAUGGUAUAAAUGGAGAUAAUGGUGAUUCUAGUCUUCCCAGAGUAUUGGAGGAAGACGGUGAUUCUUUAGCAGGUGACAUUGAUUUACACCAUCAAAAUGAAUCGGUUGAACCAUCAUCAUUGAAUGAAAAUGGAAAACCAAAUCGAGCCAAUUCAACUAUGGGUGAAGAUUCCGGAACAUUUAACGAUAUAAUAUCUGCACCGCCAUGUCCAACUCUAUCAAUGGUCACCAAACAUACUAAUGGAACCCUAAAUUUAUGGCAAUUAACCUUUGCUGAUAAAUCUAAAUUUUCUCAAGUCUUAAGUAUUGGCCAUGCAUCACGAGCUUCUGGUCAUCGGUUCCGUGUAAAUGACGUGACCUGUCAUCCUGUAUUGCCAUUAUUGUUAACCACUUCCCAUCACAAUUUACCUGAUCAAGAAACUCCAGCUUCUCCUUUAUCACCCAAUCCACCUCCUAUUGCUCAACCUCCCUCAGGAUUUUGUAGUGAACUUAUAUUAUGGAGAGUUGAUGCAGUUGGGCCACUUUCUAAAUCUGGUGGUGUUUCUGAACUUGCUCGCAUAAAUUCACUUCAAAUAUCAGCAUUCUCAAAUGUUGCUUGGAUUCCAACCUUAUUACCAAGUACUACAUUGGGGACAUUAUCAAAUUCUCCAAGUGCUUGUUUUGUGGCAUCAGAUGGAGAAUGUUUACGUGUUUAUCAAGCUGUUAUAGAUGCCAGAACAUUGUUAGCAGAAGUAUCCAGUUCAGAACACCGGAGUCGAAUGGCUGCAGACUCAAUGGUGAGUUUGUCAACCGAUGUUUCUUCUGAAAAUGAUUUGAAACAUAAUUCAUUGCACGAUCGUAUCAAAAUUGUUUCUCAGCAAUCUACUGCUAGACCAGGAUGUAUUAUUCAAUUGGACGCUAUAUCUGAUGCAACACAUGAUUGGCAAAAUACUCAAUUUUUACAUGUAUUUCAAGAACAGUUGAUGACUGGAGAAAGAGCAUCUGGUAGAGGCUUAGUAGACGCUAUACCAGGUUUAGACAGUGAAGAACCUGAUGAUGAUUUUGAAGAACCAUUUUAUUUAGUGGUGCUUGAACGAACUGUUCAAGGUACAACUGUACAUAUGUGGCGUUUAAUAAUAGCCUCUCAACCUGAAAAUAAUCCUUUAAGUGAAAGUAUGAUGUAUGUGCCUGAUAGUCAAUUGGUACAAGAUGAUGAUGAUAUAGAUAAUUCAGGAAAAUUAGGUGCAACAAAUUUAGGAGGGGAAGAAACAACUCAACCAACAUUGUCAGCUUUUGCCCCUCACGUUUCAAUAUCAACCACAAAGAUUUGUACACAAGAAUUAAAUUUACCUGAUGGUGUUGAUGUGAUUCAUGCAUCUCCUGCUGGAGGACAUUUAAGUUCAGCUUCCAUUUACCCAGCUUGUUUUGCGCCUUAUGUAUUUGUGACUGCUUGUUCAGAUAGUACUCUACGGUUUUGGAAAUGUAAAAUUUCAAAAACAGCUGAUGAAGUUAACUACCAGUGGGUUGAAUGGGAAAUGAUAAGAAAAGAUCGCAAAUCCAUGAUUGAAAUAUCAGGUCAACCAUUAAACAUAAGUGCAGCAUAUAGUGGUCGUAUUGCUUGUGCUUAUAAAUAUGGAAAGUCAUUUACUAGACCGUCAAAAAAAGACCCCGAAUCGAGAUAUGUGAAUUUAUGUGUGGCUAUUUAUGAGUGUGAAAGUACUGGUGGUUCAGAAUGGUUACUUGAAGACACAAUACAUAUGAAAAAUAUUCACUUGCCCAAACUUCAUAUUGAUCCUAGUGUUGAUAUGACAUAUUUACAUGAUCAAACAAUAUUGUCAUCUAAAAAACAUAAGUUACAGUCUACAGUUUUAAAAGCAUUAUCGUCAGAAGACUUGGAUGGAACCUCUGGAAGAUGUAAUGGUAGAAAUGGAGAUAAUGAUACUAAUUUAGUCAAAAGUAGUCAUGGUUUACUGGCUGUUCCUAGUUUUAGUACUCUUCAGUCAUUAAGAAAAUCUAUUAUUGAAAAUGGUAAUACUUGUCCAUUAACUCAAAAGCAUAUUGUUCAAUUGGAUUGGGUGUCGAAAGAAGACGGGUCUCAUAUAUUGACUGUCGCUGUUGGUAGCAAGAUAAUGUUGUUCACACCAGUAUCUAGUGAUUUAGCUCAAGCUAAUAUGAAAGCAAUGAAAGAGUCCCAAUCAGUAAACCGUCCAAUAUUACGAAAAGCUUCAUCACUAGCAUCUCCCAAUUUUGUUGAUGAAAUAAGAUGGAUGAAACUCAGAAAAAUUGAUCUUACUACAGCGGAUGGUUUGCCUCCACUUCCAAUGCAAAUAUCUUGGGUUCGUGAUGGUAUACUAGUUGUAGGCAUGGACAGUGAAAUGCAUGUAUACUCACAAUGGAAACCAAAUACAUAUAUGAUACAAAAGAAUGCGUUGUUGUGUUGCAAGUUAAUACAUCAAGAAUCUGAUGAGCUUCAAGACACUAGAAAUUUAAGAGACGAAGAUCUUAGAACAUUGGCGCAUGAAACAUCCCAAAGGAGACUGGCUAACGUAAGUUCAAUGCCUCAUUUGUCUCGUGUCAGCUCAAUUAAUUUAAAUAUGUUAACUGCUGAGACAAAAAAAAAGAAAUUGGGUAUUCAAAAUGGUGAAUCUUCGAAUAAUAUUCAAGAUUCAUAUAUGCCAGAUUAUGGACUAUUUGAAGCUAGUCGUAUAGCAUGUCCAGUUCUUCCUCAAUAUCACCCUAAACAACUUAUGGAGCUAUUGAAUUCUGGAAAAAUCCGUUGGGUGAAAGCGAUUCUUGCACAUCUUGUCAGGUGUAUUUCAACAACAUGUAGUGUAAGACAAGGUGCUGUUGUGUGUUCAUAUUCAGAAGAAGAUAAUUUAACUCGUCAAAGAGGGUGGUCAAGAUCAAGAACAUUAUCUGUGAGCUAUGCUGGAGCUGCUACAAGUCCAAUGGAACCUAGAGGAUCCACUACCGCAAUACCAGAGGAACUGAUGUUGGAUUAUGCAGAAAUCACUUCUAUUCCACCUUUACCUUUAUGGACACUAUUAGCCGCUGAUAAAGAAAAUGCCAGUUCUGCUCUUAAGUUAGCUGAAGACGAAAAAGAUUAUAACGAAUUAUUUAAUGGAAACAUUUCAACAUCAGAAGAUAAUCUGGAUGACAUAUUGAAUGAUGAAUCAGAACCAGAAAGCCCUCGUAGGUGUGAACGUCAAUCUAACGCAACAGAAAAACAACAAUGUCUACUUUCUCAUUUUGGGCCAAAACAAGGUCAACUCUUGUCUCGUCUGUUAACUCAUACACAUUUGCCUGGUUUAUCAAGUUUAGAUCAAAUGCACUUGCUAGCUCUUGCCGAUACUGUUUCUACAUGUAACACCGAUUUUGCCGAUAGGUUUGUUGAUAAAACUCAAUUUGCUAAAGAUAGUUCAGCUCCACAUGAAGGUGAAGUGUGUUCAGAUUCAUUGGAUGACUGUGGUCUUAGAUUUUUGUUAGCCAUGAAGCAUUACAAUUAUUUAUUAAGAUGUUUGGGUGUAGCUCAGCGUACUCAAUUUCAAAAAAGAGGAAUGUGUUCAGCAGAUAUUGCAUGGGCAUUCCACUCCGAAAGCGAAGAAGAACUAUUACAAUUAACACCUUCUUAUGUACGAGGUACUCCACGUUGGUCAGCAUUAAAAGAAUUAGGUGUUGGGUGGUGGCUCAGAAAUCAGACAUUAUUGAGAACGUGUAUUGAAAAAAUCGCAAAAGCAGCAUAUCAGGCAAACCAAGAUCCUUUAGAUGCUGCUAUAUUUUAUCUUGCAAUGAAAAAGAAGUCUUUAGUUUGGGGAUUAUUUAGGUCUAAAAGAGACGAGCGAAUGACACAAUUCUUUUCCAAUAACUUUGCUGAAGACCGUUGGCGAAAAGCAGCGCUUAAAAAUGCUUUUGCAUUACUUGGAAAACAACGAUUUGAACACGCCGCUGCAUUUUUCCUUUUAGCUGGAGCGCUUAGAGAUGCAAUUGAAGUAUGCUUGAAUAAACUAGAUGACUUACAAUUAGCUAUGGUGAUAGCUCGGUUAUAUGAGGGUGAAAUUGAUUCUACUCCACCCAGUCUUAAACGACUUUUGUAUGAGGAAAUACUUGGUUGUGAUCAAAAUGGUGAAAAUCAAAAAUUAUCUAUGGCUAAUCCAGACCCAUUCUUACGUUCUAUGGCUCUUUGGAUACUUAAAGAUUCUACUGGAAGUCUUAAUACAUUAGUCCAAAUGAACGUAGGUACAAUGCAUCCACAAUAUAAUGACGAGGAAAAACAAGAAACUUCAGCUGCAAAUCCUAAUGUGUUCAAUUUCUACGUUUAUCUUCGUACACAUCCAUUAUUAAUAAGACACUAUUUGGCAUCCACUUAUCAAGAUAAAAAGAAUCAUACUGUAGUAUUAGCUGGUUUUAGUUACGGUUCUGAUGCUAGGUGUAGGGAAACUUCAGAUCGACAAUUAAUGUUAGAGGAUUCCAUUUCUCCAUUAGAAAGACAACUUAUUUCAAAACUGCACAUGCUCAGGUUUAAAGCAGGAUGUCCUGCAACUUGCUCUUGA